UCAUAAUAAACGAAAGAUGUUGACAAUUUCUGUUCGUUUAGGAGCAAGUUUGAAAAAAUUAUCUACGCUGUUUGAUCGGCGAUCCAGGCAAUUAAAUCACCAACUAUGGAGAAAGAUUUCCUCAUCCCAUUCGAUGAAAGCCAAGUUUUAUCCCAGUGCUUAUGAUGCUGUUAGAGAUAUUCCGGAUAACUCCAAACUAUUGGUUGGAGGAUUUGGUCUUUGUGGUAUUCCUGAGAAUCUUAUUGAAGGUUUACUUAAAACAGAAGUCAAAGGACUUACUGUUGUGAGCAACAAUGCAGGGGUUGAUGACUUUGGUCUUGGCCUUCUUCUCCAAUCGAAACAGAUAAAACGAAUGAUUUCUUCGUAUGUUGGUGAAAACAAGGAGUUCGAGAGACAAUACUUGAAUGGAGAACUAGAAGUGGAAUUGACACCUCAGGGAACUCUCGCCGAAAGACUUCGUGCCGGAGGAGCAGGUAUUCCGGCAUUUUUCACGCCGACUGCUUUUGGUACCGGAAUACAUAAAGGCGGAGCACCGAUUAAGUACGAAAAAAAUGGAGAAAUUGCAAUUUCAAGUUCUCCCAAAGAGUCCCGAGUUUUCAAUGGCCAUCCUUACGUAAUGGAGGAAGCUAUUUGUGGUGAUUUUGGCCUUAUUAAGGCAUGGAAGUCGGAUAAAAUGGGAAACUUACUUUUUAGGAAAUCAGCUUCAAAUUUCAAUCCACCUAUGGCCAAAGCAGCCAAGAUAACCAUCGUUGAGGUCGAAGAAAUCGUCGACGUCGGUGAGAUUCCACCUGAUGCCAUUCAUGUGCCUGGGAUUUAUGUCGAUAGAGUUGUGAAAGGUGAAAAAUACGAGAAAAGGAUAGAGCGACUUCGCCUUUAUAAAGAUGGCAGCAGCAGUGGAAAGGUUCAAUCUGACCACGAUCUUCUACGAGAAAGGAUAAUUCGCCGUGCUGCUUUAGAAUUCAAAGAAGGCAUGUAUAUAAAUCUUGGUAUUGGAAUGCCAAUGUUAGCAAGCAACUUCAUUGAUCCCAACAUUACAGUUCAUCUUCAGAGCGAAAAUGGAAUUUUGGGAUUGGGACCAUUUCCUUCAGAGGAUGAAGUCGACCCAGAUUUGAUUAAUGCGGGUAAAGAAACCGUCACCGUUCUUCCAGGAGCAGCAUUUUUUGGAAGUGAUGAAUCAUUUGCUAUGAUUCGUGGUGGCCAUGUCGAUGUGACGGUUCUUGGUGGUAUGCAAGUUUCGCAGUAUGGUGAUCUGGCAAAUUGGAUGAUUCCUGGGAAAAUGGUUAAAGGUAUGGGAGGAGGUAUGGAUUUGGUUUCAUGUCCUGGAACAAAAGUUGUUGUCACAAUGGAGCAUACCGCUAAGGAAGGGAAGCAUAAAAUUCUAGAAGAAUGUACCUUACCACUAACCGGUGAGCGUUGUGUUGACGCAAUAAUCACGGAAAAGUGUGUCUUUAAAAUUGAUGGCCAAAACGGGUUAACUUUAACGGAAAUCUGGCCUGGUACGAGUAUUCAAGAAAUUCAAGUGGAGACGGGAUGUCAAUUUUCAAUUGCGCCAGAUCUCGAUGAGAUGAAACAGGCUGAAUGGCACAAAUAGAACGACCGAAAAAUUGCUGCUGAGCUACAUGACAGGCGUAGCGAAAACCUACAUAAUAUAUACGCCUGUUUUCCCUUUCUAUGAAAGGAAUGUGACAAAACAUUUUUUUACUGAUAUUUAUACUUGCUAUGGUUAAUGGCCAUAGCUAUUUCUUUGCAAAGUAAAGUUACGGUAACUUCUCGGCAUAAUACCAAAGUUCAUUGAAAUUCAAAAACGGCUUUUCACGUACAUAGAAAGUAAUUGUUACGGAUACAUCUUUACAACAUUACUAAGCUGUAGCCCCUCUAGAAAACAACUUAGCUUAUUACGACUGUAAAUAGCAGGUAUUCCAAUAUAGAACAUCGGUAUUGUCAUUUUUGAACUUGAUUAAACCUGACGUUGGCCUGUCUACUCAGGCAGUGAAAAAAUUUAGCAUUAUCACAAGCGAAACACAAAA